GAAUGGAGGAGAUUUCCUCCCACUUUCUCCCGUAGAAUAAACGUAGAAUUUGUUUCGAGUGAUAGGAGAAAUACAAUUAUAAAUCAGCUUUAUUUUCCAUUAUUUUUACAAGAGAGAGACGGAGCAAGUUGUUUGGAGGAAUAGAGAAGUGCUGAUCAUGCCCUUCUCCUCCGCAUGUCAUGCGGAUGAGAGGAAUUCCCUCUUAGAUUUCAAACAGGGCCUCAACUUCACUUCCUCUUUUAACACACUGCAAUCCUGGAAGGGAUCUAACUGCUGCUCAUGGGAAGGAAUCACCUGCCACCUAAUCACUGCCCACGUCAUUUCCUUAGAUCUCAGUCCUCAAUCCCUUAAUGCCUCCUGGGAUCGUACUAAAUUUUGGCCCUUCAUCUCAUGGACGGAACUUCGUGGAGGACUAUUCCAAUUGCGGCAUCUGGAGCGCUUCAACUUCACUACGAAUGUCGUCGACCCUCCUCUUGCCAUCCCUUCACAGUUUCACAAACUCAACAAUUUGAGGUAUUUAAGCCUGUACGACUCUAACUUUAUUGGCCAGAUUCCAAAAGAGAUUGGUUAUAUGUCGAGCUUAACAUAUUUCGAUUUGUAUUUUAAUUUUUUGAAUGGUACAAUUCCAAUAUCUUUAGGUAAUCUGUCAGAGCUCACAUAUCUUGAUCUUUGUUGGAACUCUUUGAGUGACAUAAUUCCAACAUCUUUGAAUAAGCUAUCAAAGCUCACAUUUGUUGGUUUGAGUUCUAGCUCUUUGAAUGGUACAUUUCCAGCAUUUUUGGGCAACCUCUCCAAGCUCACACAUCUUGUCCUAACUGGAGACAAUUUGAAUGGCACAAUUCCAACGUCUUUGGGUGAGCUGUCAAAUCUCACAUAUUUUGAGCUCAGGUAUUACUCUUUGAGUGGUACAAUCCCAACCUUCUUGGGUAACCUCUCCAAACUUACACAUCUUAUCCUAAUUGAAAACUCUUUUAGUGGUACCAUCCCUACAUCUUUGGGUAAGCUGUCAAAUCUUGCAUAUCUUGAUUUGAGUCAAAACUCUUUGAAUGGUACAAUCCCAAGCUUCUUGGGUAAGUUGUCAAAGCUCACAUAUCUUGCCUUGAGUUCAAACUCUUUGAGUGGCACCAUCCCAACAUCUUUGGGUAAGCUGUCAGAGCUCACCUAUCUUGCCUUGAGUUCUAACUCUUUGAGUGGCACCAUUCCAACAUCUUUGGGCAAGCUAUCAAAGCUCGCAUAUCUUGUCUUGCGUUCUAACUCUUUGAGUGGCAUCAUUCCAACAUCUUUGGGCAAGUUGUCAAAGCUCACAUAUCUUGACUUGGGUAAUAACUCUUUGAAUGGUAUAAUUCCAACCUCCUUAGGUAACCUCACCAAACUCACACAACUUGAUCUUAGCAACAACAAACUAAGGGGAGAUUACACGUUUUCUUUUUUUGAUAAAAUACCCAAUAUUCAAGAAUUAUAUCUUUCAAGGAAUAUGUUGACUAUAAAAGCCAAUGACACUUAUAUUCCCAAUUUUCAACUUCAAUACUUAGAUUUGGGAUCUUGUAAUAUACAAGGGGGUUUUCCAGCUUUCAUUUCAACCCAAUACUUCUUACGCUCACUAGAUUUGUCUCAAAACUCUCUCAAUGGAAAUAUUCCUAAUUGGAUAUGGGAUUCUAUGCCCCUUAAUUAUCUCAACCUCUCUUGUAACCAAUUUGUAGGUAAUUUACCCUUGAAGCUGCCUGGUUUUGAAAAUAAUUAUCGUCAAAUCUCAACUAUUGAUCUGCAUAAUAAUCAGUUACAAGGAAAUAUUCCCCUCCCUCUACAAAAUGUGAACUUCUUAGAUCUUUCAGAGAAUCUAUUUGAUGGACCCAUUCCAUCGAGAAUUGGUAAAUAUGGACAAGGUCUUUCAUUUCUAUCAUUGUCGAAAAACAAUUUGAGUGGUGUCAUUCCACAUUCUAUUUGUGAGUCAAGAAAUUUGCAAAUUUUAGACUUGUCAAAUAAUAGGCUUAAAGGUAGGAUUCCCUCAAGUUUAGAUCAAUGCUCUAGCUUGUCCAUGUUAAAUCUAGAAAAUAAUGAUCUCAAGGGCACAAUUCCUAGUAUAUUUGGGAAUAUGACUUAUCUAGAAACAUUGAAACUUGGUCUCAAUGGGCUAAGAGGGAAUAUACCAUCAUCUCUUGGAAAUUGUAGUUCUUUGGAAAUCUUAGAUCUGAGGAAUAACAAUAUUCAUGGGGGCAUUUCUACUUGGAUUGAAAAAUUGAAAAGGCUUCGCAUCCUAGUAUUAAAGUCGAAUAUAUUUGUUGGGCAAAUACCAUCAGAACUAUCCAGUUUGCAAAAUCUUCAGAUAUUGGAUAUGUCAAGCAACAAAUUUUCAGGCAUUAUUCCAAGUGGUUUUAUGAAGUCGAGUGCAAUGGCAAAUCAGACAAAAAAUACAGAAACUAUUGAAUUAAAUACUACAAAUGUUGGUAGGAUUUAUAUAGAUAGCAUAAUCAUUAAGAACAAAGCACAAGAUAUGGAGUAUGCGAGAACUUUGAGAUUAGUAAAAUGUCUUGAUCUAUCAUACAACAAUUUAUCAGGUAAAAUACCUUGGGAUAUUGAAUCCCUCAAAGGAUUGAUAAUUCUAAAUGUUUCAAGAAAUCAAUUCAGCGGCGAGAUUCCAAAAUCUUUGGGAAGUAUGGUACAACUAGAAUCACUUGAUCUUUCCAAAAAUGAAUUGUCUGGGGUGUUUCCUGCUGAGCUGCAAUAUCUUACAUAUUUGAGCUACUUUGAUGUGUCUCAUAAUAAUCUAUCAGGAGUGAUACCGCAAGGAGGACAAAUGAUGACAUUUGAUUCUUCAUCAUUUUCCAACAAUUUAGAUCUAUGUGGCCUACAAAUCAAUGUGUCAUGUUCAGAAAAUCAUAUUGCUUCUUCCAGUGAUGAUGAAAAAAAUAAAGAAGUAUUGGAGGAAGAUAUAUGGUGGGAUGUGGGAAUGGGAAUGGGCUAUACAUUUGGAUUUUCAACUCUGAUUUGGGUGUUAUGUUUCAGCAAAUCUUGGAGUGUAAAAUGUUUCAGAAUUAUGGAUAAAAUUAUUGACUCCCUUUCUCAAACAUUCAAAGAAAAAUUGUAUUGUACAAAAUAAGACAUUUUGUGAUCUUCAUCUCCUGUACACCUGAUGCUGAUUGUUUAACCACCAAUAAAGAAAGAGUUUUAAUUGAAGCGAAGAAUAUCCUGUUGGAUAUUUAGAUCAAGAACUAACAUUCCCAAGUGAAGCACGUUUUGGCCCUAAAUAAAUGUAGUUUCCUCUUUUUGAGAAUAGAGAAGUACAACAAAUUCAUCUAUAUUUUUCUGUCAUUUGUUCUCUGACUGUCAUGUUGGGGCUUUCGGAGUUACAUAGUGUACAGGUUUUUUAUUCAAACUUCUCAAUUAGAGCAGAUUUUUAUUGGAGUUUGGGACAAUCUCUAUUCCCAUACCUGCUCUUCCAAAAAUAGCUGCUGAGCACUUAAAGGUUAAAACUGAUGGGGGGAAGAGGAGGAGUUGCUUUACAAGGGCUUUCUAUGGAUGGUCAAGGCAUAUAAUUGAUCAUUUAGUUCAAAGCUUCUGAAGGGAAUCGAUCUAUUUUGUCCAAACAAUGAUUUCGGCCAUGAGUUUGAGAAAAAGUCUUUGCUGAAUACUUGGGAGAGGCAUGGUAGUCCUCAGCGUCUGAUGUUGCAGACUUAACAUUGUGUGGAUUAGAAAGCAAUCUUUGUGGGGAAAGCACAAAAUUCAUGGCAUUUUCAGAAUUGAUUUGAAUGCAGAAAUUACUGCUGAUAGAAAGAUUGUUCAGAACAGGAGGAAGGAUGAACUGGUGGAUAUUGGCCCCAUUGCCUUGAAUGACUUACCUGGGCUAGUGAACUGCACAGAGCACAAGACAGGAACAAUUCAUUCACAACGCCAAUUUACAAUGCAGUUUUUUGGCUGUAUAAUUGGGGGAAGCACGGCAGUGGACAGUGUUUGGAUGUUCCAGACUCAACACCGCGGGGAUCAGAAAACAAUCUUUGUUGGGAAAGCACAAGCUCAUUGGCUUUUUCAGAAUUGAUGUUAAUAUAAGAAUACUUCCACUUUAAAUAUCAAGGCUCAAGAUGCAGACACAAUGGGCAUAUCUUCUGUUUCAGGAUUUGGGAGUGCUAGUCUGAGUAAAAUUUUAAUUUCUUGCUUGGCGGGAGAUACAAAAUUAACAGUAGAAAGUAGUGCUGAUGGGAAGAUUGUUCAGAACAAGAGGGAGGAUGAACUUGGGGAUAAUGGCUCCAUUGUCUGGGAUGACUUACGUAAGCUACUGAACUGAACAGAGCAUAUGAAAGGAAGAGACACGGAUCAGUUCUCUCAGAGUACCAAUUCAGAAUUCAGGUGAUAAGGGUUUAAAAUCCAUCAAAAAUUCUAUGAAGCAUAUGUUUCCAGAUUGUCAUUAAACAAUGUUAGUUUUGAUUCCAUCAAAAUAUAGUGCUCACUCGUCUCUAAUGAUAAGUAUUCUGAGAUGCAAGAAGAUGAAAUGCAUAAUGGUACAGUAGGUUCAAGGGAAGAUGGAUUUGGAGCUGAGCAAAAGAGCAACCCUUGCAAUGCUGGUGUCGUUGGACAUGAAAAUAAGCAAUGUUCUGAAGACCGGUAUGCGCAGGAACUCUGCCUCUUGGAAGGUCCUGGUCCCUGGAUGCCCUGUUCAUCCUAACAAGAAUAUAAUCAUGGCCGAGGGGUUGUGUCCGGUCAUCCACUUUAUUAUGCUUGUGGUCAUCUAGGUGAUAAUUCCCUUAUGCAGCUAUCUUCACAGGAUUGGCCAAGAAGUGGAACAGAAAGAUGCUUCCCAACUCUGAUACAUUGUUAGAGACAAGAAAGGAAUGGUGCAAAAUCUUGUACCUGCUAACUUCUCAUGCAGUUAUUAGUGGUAUGGAAAUGCUUUGCUCCUUCACACUUCACAGCAUGCAGGUUACAACAGUUCCUAACAUGCUUGAUUGUGCCUACAAAGUACAGCCAGAGGAGAACAUAAAACUGUGGUUCGGGGGCUUCAUUACCUUUCAGACUUCAUUUAUUACAUCAUUUCAAGCUUUUUCAUCAAUGUCAUGUACUUUUGAUCCGCCAUUCUCAAAUUUUCCAUGAAUUUGUUUAACAAAAUACAGAGCAAAGACGGAUCGAAUAUUUUUUAUGUCUAUUUCUCAAGUUUUUUCUCAAAUAAUUAAGAAACAGAUAUUCUGUUUUGUUUAAGAUA